AUGGCGGCCCCGCGGGUGUCGCUGGGGCCGCUGAAGGAGCCGCUGGGGCUGAUCCGGGUCCUGCAGUGGUUUUUCUCCAUCUUCGCCUUCGCCACCUGCGGGGGCUUCGAGGGCUCCGUCACCUUCAGGGUCACCUGCGAGGGGCGCGAGAAUCACUCGGUCAGCGCCGCCUUCGGGUACCCCUUCAGGUUGAACCACGCCGUGUUCCAGCCGUCGCUGACUCACCUGUGCAACCACACCUGGCCCAAGGACAUUCACCUGGUCGGGGAUUUCUCCUCGGCCGCCAGGUUCUUCGUGGGCGUGGGCGUGGCCGCUUUCCUCUACAGCCUGGGAGCCCUGGGUGGCUACCUGGGCUACCUGCACCUGUACAGGUGUGCGGGCUCACGGCUGCCCCUCAUGGACCUGCUCACCUCGGGGCUCGUGGCCGCCCUGUGGCUCGUGGCCUCCUCGGCCUGGGCCCAGGCCCUGGGACACGUCCGGACCGCGGUCACCGCGCCCCUCCCCCACUGCCCCUCCCCCACCGCCACCUGCGUCCGAUCGGGGCUCACGGCCAUGGGGGGGCUGGGGGCGUCCGUGGCCUUCGGAUUCCUCAACCUCGUGCUCUGGGCCGGCGGCUCCUGGUUCGUCUACAAGGAGACCCCGCUGCACCGCCCGGCCCCGCCCCCCGACUCCGCCCCCUCCCCCAUGUGACCCCUCCCCCCCCAAUCACUGGAGGCUCCUUUGGGCCAAAUUUGGGGGCGGGGCUGAGAAUCGGUUGGGGGAGGGGGCGUGGCCAGGUGUUGGGGGAGGGGCUUUGUGCACUGAUCUUCGGCGGGGGAGGGGCGGG